AAACAGUAACCUUAAUAACUCUUAGCGCGCUAAUAAUUACGCCGUGGGACGUGGGGGUCACGCAUAAUGUAGCUUUAAGAACACGCUUUAAGAAUAAAACCUUCAUACCGGGUUAGCCGCGGAUAAUUCAGCUUUACAGCCGUCGCAAAAGGUGGUUUACAUCAAAGCGGAACAACAAGACUCCGGAUCUCUUCGCAUCUGCUUUCCCCGGACUGCCCACAGCUGUCAGUAAUCCUCUGAAGGCCCAUAGCAACGACCUCUCCGUUGUUUGUUUCUUUUUCCUCUCCCUCAUUCUCUACUGAUACACCAGACCCAGACCAGCCCAAUCAUGUCCCUGGCCCUCAAACAAGUCUUCAACAAAGACAGAACAUUCCGGCCCAAGCGGAAGUUCGAGCCAGGGACCCAGCGCUUCGAGCUGCAUAAGAAAGCUCAGGCGUCUCUGAACGCCGGGCUGGACCUGAAGCUGGCUGUCCAGCUGCCGCAUGGAGAGGACCUCAACGACUGGGUGGCCGUGCACGUGGUCGACUUCUUCAACCGCAUCAACCUCAUCUACGGCACCAUCAGCGAUUCCUGCACAGACCAGAGCUGCCCCGUUAUGUCCGGCGGGCCCAAGUACGAGUACCGCUGGCAGGAUGAGCACAAGUACAAACGACCCACGGCGCUGUCCGCCCCGAAAUACAUGAGUCUUCUGAUGGACUGGAUCGAGGUACAGAUCAACAACGAGCAGAUCUUCCCCACCAACGUUGGUACUCCAUUCCCCAAGACCUUCAUGCAAGUAGCCAAGAAGAUCCUGUCUCGUCUGUUCCGCGUCUUCGUGCACGUGUACAUACACCAUUUCGACCGAGUCAGUCACAUGGGGGCAGAAGCGCAUGUCAACACCUGUUACAAGCAUUUCUACUACUUUGUUACUGAAUUCAACCUCACAGACCACAAGGAGCUGGAGCCACUGAAAGAGAUGACAACACGAAUGUGCCACUGAGGCGACGAGCUCUUCUGAGUGUUGGCUACAUUCCAAAUGGAUCAGCUGGACCAUUUGCAAUUAACGUUGGAAAAGAAUAAUGUAAAGAAACGCGAAGCAAACCAAAGUUUGAAAGGACUCUAUUUUUAUACACUUUUAAAUUUAUGGGAAAAUCUAGAGAAACAUGUUAACUUUGUAAUGCUCUCUUUAAUGUGUAGCAGAAUAUUUUAUUAGAAAUCAGUAUUAUCAUUCGUUUUGGUUGUAUUUCCCCAAAUUGCAUUCUGAAUCAUUUCAUCAUUCCUGUGCUUUUUUACCGUCUUAAGCAUACAGAUUAUAUUUGUGAAUAUUUAUGUAUGUGUAUGAGACAUUAAACAUAUUCUGAAAGAUUA